AUGGCGACGCCACGACCCAGAGGCGGUAGCGACGAGCUGCUUUCGUCACCAGACCCGCUCAAUGACACAGUCUCCUCCGCGCUCUAUCCUUCGUCGCGUCGCGUAACCCGAAGCCAGAGAUCGCAACGGUUGUUCUCCCUCGGCGGUAGUAGCACUUCGCCUAGAAAGCAAAUGUUCGAGCUCGAGGUUGGCGAUGACCGUCAGCCUAAACGGCUACUAGUGACCGUUGAAGCCGAAGGCGACUACGAGAAUGUCGGUGUCGGGAAUGUUGGGCGCAGACUGUUCAACGCAGAGACACCUACUCUUAGCCGCGGCGCAUACACAACAACCGUUCCUUUGGCCGGUGAUAGGAAGAAUACGGCCAUCAAGACACCUGCGCGUAGGGGUCGACCUCCCAAAUCUGCCGGCACGCCCAAGACCGGUACAGCGACGAAGAGGAGGGCCACAGCCUCUCCACGAAAGACACCAAGACAAGCCCGCAGGGUCAAGACCAUUACAGAUUCAGAUGGCUUGGAAACCGACAUAACCAUUCAAGGCACACCGAGAUCGACCACCCGCACCAGACGUGCCACCAGUCGUCAGCCACGCGAAGUCUCCGAAGGCCCCGCGCCUUCUUCAAUACCCCCUAGCACAACCCGGCGUCGCGGUCGCCCAAAACGCGUCGAAUUCUCCGACCAGCCCGUGGAAACGAUCGAAGAGGAUAUCAUUCUUGGUGGCGUGGCGCCCUCUGACGACGGACUCGCUGCGAGCAUGGAAGAGAUGAUUGUGGACGAUCCCAUUCCGAGACGAGAGCUUCCCGCGAAUCCGAUUCCUGAGUCCGAACCAGAUAUUUGGAUGCAAACGAUGUCAGACCAAGCAACGCCACGCGCAUCAACACAAGAAAACCCGAUUCCCUUGAGCCCGACGCCAGCUUAUAUGCAAGAUAAGAGCCCGACACCAUCUGAUCAGCUUCACUCCGAGUCCGGGAACGAACCCGAGUAUAACGAAUACGAUUUCGCGCCGGGCGCCCCCAGCGACAUCUCAUCACUCAUUGGCGAUAACGACGGCAAUGACGAACUUCGCGAUCAGGAUACUGUUGCCCAAGGCGAGGAUUUCAGUAUGAUUUUCGCAAACUCAAUUCCCUCCAUGAGAGGCCACAUGAGCAUGCACGAUCUUCGCUCUGAAGAUGUUGGCGAGGAGACUGGUUUGAUCAUCAACCAAACGCUUGAGUCUUUAAGGCAAAGCGGGGCACUACACGUGGAAGACGAUGAGGAUGAGAUCGAUAGCAUCCCCGCCGAGCAGCUGUCACCGGCGCAAAACCCUCCUGCUGAAGAGAAAUUCCAGUUGCAACAAGAGACAGAAGUGCAUAUGGAUUCCAUUGUGGAAACAAAUGCUACAGAAACCGAAUCUCCCGUCGCUCUUCCGUCGCUCCCUCAUCCGGCUCUCCCCCCUCCGUCUCUCGCAGCCAAGGAGACGUCGCCGAGCAGACGUUACCAGUCGCCGGGCCGAGCUAGAAGCAGCCCUCGACGCAAAUCUAUUCCGCUUGGGAGGCAGCUUUUGGAGUCUAAAGCCAAGCAGAUGGAGAUGGAGAACUCAAAGCUGGAGGAUUCUAGAGUAGACACCUCGCACGUAGAUAACUCAUUCUCCAGCGUACCGUCAAGAAUCUUGGCUGCGGCGACACCCGGCGCUAAGAGCAUCAGGCGGAGCUCGAUGGCGACUGGGGAAACGUCUGCGAUUUAUGAAGAAGACUUCUCUGAGAUCCCAGAAGCUUAUCUGGAAGCCGCCACGCCUGGAAGGCCGAAGCUGCCAGAGUUCGACGAAUCUGAGGUGCAGAAUGAAAUCGAGCACGAGGCCAACAUCACCAGCGCACAGGAAGAGACCUUGUUGGAUGAGGCUCAGGAAGAAAUACUGAUGGAUGAGGAAUCGCGCGAAGUUCGUGCAGAUGGGGAAGAUGAGGGAGAAGAUGCAGAAGUAGAGGCGGAAGAGACAGAGGAAGAAGCUCGUAAGAGUUCACCCAAGUCCGCAGCUCCAUCUAUUGCGAGUGUUUCUUACACUCGAUCAGACUCGGCACGAAUGCCGACACCAGACGAUACGCCCUCACCCGCCGAUGUCCCCGUUCCUCAAUCAGACGCCAAGACUAUCGAAGCAGCUCAAAGUUCGCCAACUGCUGCGUAUUCUCAGUUGCCCGAGGAAUUGAGCUCUGACCUUCCCGUACCAAAUCUGGCGGCUGGUCUUCCUGCGGCCUCCAACGAGUAUAUCACGCCCGUUGCCCCUGUCUCGUCUCCUAUCCCAUCUCCAGAUAUCAACCUCUUGGCGCCUCGUGCGGCAUCACCCGAGAACGGAGCUCGCCCCACGCUAUCUCCUAUCGUGAGGGCUGGACGAGCUCUACAGAGUGUCACCUCCGAUGCCUCAUCGCCUCCCCGCCAGAACUCUCUCGGCAGUCCCUUUAGACCUACCACGAGCAGUAGUCAGCCUCAGUCUGCUGCCAAAUCGACUCGGAGCUGGACGCAGCCGUUGUCUACCUUGAUCCAGGCCGGAGCUCAGUUCUUUGGUUCCCCGACUCGCGUCGUAGCACAGCCUCAGUCUGAACCUCCAGCGCCGCAGUUAUCUGGUCAGCCGUUUGAUGAUCCUUUCGGUCCCGAGAAUGAACACACUGGCCAGCCUAGCUUCAUGGAGGCUCUGAGUAAGAGUAUGCGUAUCUCUCCUUCCAAACAACCUGAAGUCUCAUUCUCAAUGUCGGGGUCUCUACACGUUGUCCCAGGCGAUGAGGCUGAUGAGAUGAGCUGGAUGGAAGAAGCUCCUGCUCCACGGGAGCAACCUUUCACUCAGUCGCGCUCGUUUCAUGCUAGCACAAAUACGGCUGCUUCUGGAUCUAUGCGCAAUCGGCGACAGAGUUUUGAGAUUAGCCUCGUUGGCCCAGAUGGUGCCGAAGAGACUGAAGUCGAAGAAGAACAGCCUGGAGCAGAAGAAGGGGAGGAGGAUGAUGACAUAUGGGCAGUAGAGGCAUCGCGACCAGCUUCGAACUCGAGCCGCCAACGGUCUUUUGUCAAGCAGCCAGCAUCUUCUAUUCCAGCGAGGCGCGCAGCUCUUCCCAGUCCCUGGCAGAAACCUGCUGAAGCGUCCCCAAAGCAGACGAUCUUCACGCCGGCGGCGUCACGUAACCAGAAGUCAGACUUCGCCGACGGCGAGUUGGAGGAUUUCUCCAUGCUCUCUCAACAGCAGAGCCGCAAGAAGCAGAUUCCCCAAAAGGCUUUUGAAGUUGCCCAGAGGUCUUCCGCCAAGAAGGAUCUGGCUGCUUUCUUCUCUUCUCCUAAUCUCCUGCCUGGAGCACAGGGUGUUCAGGAAAUCUUAGACAAGAAGCGACUCAAUCUCAAAGAUGCUGCACAACGCCCGGAGCGGGCUGAUGCGGGCCUCGAGACGAAUUCCAUGUUUCCGUCUGUCCCCCAGAAGGCUUUCGCCCCUUCUGCCAGCGGUCGUUCGGACCUCUUCUCACCCGCUAAGCCUUCGGCGACCAAAUCCAUUGCUGACACAAACGAUCACUCGGAUCCUUUUUCGGCUGCUAAGCCUUCUUCUGCUACUGCGAAGUCAGUCAUGGACACCCGUCGUGAGCUAUUUGCGUCCACAAACCCUCGGAGCAGUGUGAGGCACCGGUCUGAGAUCCCAGACUCCCAGCCCAACAUGUCGGACGAGGUGUCUUUCCCCUCUGUGCCCCAGAAGAAGAAUUUCACGCCAAACGUGGGCCAAAAGACCCAGAACCUCUUUAGCAAGGUCUCGGCGCCGGUGCCCUCACUGACUCCGGUGCGGAUGCAGCUCUCGCGCGCCGAUAUCCAGAAGUGGCAAGAGAGUAGUGCCUCUGCCAUUGCGGAAAGCUCGCCCGAGUCGGAGCGCCGUGUCCUCCGGCCCUUGCCCGACAGGAAUAUGUCGCCGACUAAGUCGUGCCUGCGGUCCCCGCUCAAGCCCCGCACGCCGGGCAGGGUCGUUGAGUUCACCAGCAGCGUCCUCUCGCCGCUCGCUCAGGCCCAGGUCCGCGCCGAACGGCGCCUGUCUGCCAGCUCCAACGGUAGUGCCUCAGCUGCCCAGCAGCAGCAGCAGCAACAACAACGCAUCGCCGCCAUCAUGGAGGCAGAGGACAAGGAAAUUGGAGCCGCCGCCGUCACAGCCGUCGUAGACGACGACCAGGAGAUGAAUGAGGAUAUGGACAUCUCCAUGACCGACGCGCCAGGGAUGAAUGAAAUGCAAAAGUCGGUCGAAGAAGAACCUCCGCGUCUGUCGCAGACGAUGUGGUCGCGCGACCACUGGCUGCUCCUGGAUGACAUUAUCCAGCUGCGCCGCGAGGGUCCCUUUGACUUUGAGUUUCCGGAUGAUUUCACGAGCAAGUCUAGCUGGCUCCUGGGCCGGUCUGUCAACUCGCACGGUGCCAGCCUGAAGUUGGAGCAGUGGCACCUCGAUGUCGUUGAUGCCUUCCAGGCCGAGGUGGGCGUGUGGGACGAGGAGGUGCUCGCCAAGAGGGUGUUUUCGCUGAUCGUCGGGGAGCAGCUCCGCAAGCAGGGCAAGGCUCCCGAGGCCCCUUCGGUCAGGUUUUUGUAA